AUGAAGUUCAGCAUCUGCUCCAUCCUCGCUCUCGCCGUCGCAGCACCUGCCGUCCUCGCCGACGACUGGCGAUGCAACAGCGCCUGGAACGACGGCGGUCUCAAGCGACUGUCGUUCCAGUUCGACGGCUACUGCGAGAACCGUUGGGGACAAUGCUUCCUCGACGCUAUCCGUGGCAAGGGUCUGACCGUACACAACUGGCAAUGCUGGGACUUGGGCAACGGCUGGUGGCAAGCGGACUUCUCCACCACGGCCGGCCUUGCUUGGCAAGCGAACAACGCCAUCCAGGGUGUCACUGGCUCAUGGCGCGGGUGCUGGCCCAAUGCCUAA